AUGCCUGCAUUCCCAUUCCCAACCAGGUCUGGUCUGGUCUGCUCCGGUCCGGUCUUCUCUCCCGACCCCGACCUGGCCUCCUCCCUCCCCUCUCCAGCAGAGCUCUCCCUCCCCCUCCCCCUGAGGUGAGGUGGCUGAAGUCGGGGGACAUGGUUUCUUUCUCCGCUUCCUAAGAUUCCUCUUCUUCCCCCCAACCCACCACCUACACCUUUUGCUGCGCCGCACCUGCACGGCCGCUCCAUGCGCCGCCGUAUCUCAGUCUCAGGUCAGCAUCACCAACCGCAGUUCCACCUCCCGACCCCAGCCGCAAUCUAGGAGGAGGGCCGCCGCUCUCCCCUCGGCCGCAUCGCAUGGUAACCACCACCAGCAGGGCAGGAUGUUCAAGCUUCACCGCCACCGCUCCUCCGACCGCGUCGGCGAGCGCUUCGACUUCAGAUUCUCCAACUUCCGCGCCGUCCAGGGACUAGCCGGCCGGCCAGCGGGGGAGGACAGACAGUACCAAAACCUCGCUUACCCGAUCCGAUACAAAAGAGAGGCCCUGCGAUUACCACAAAUUCUUCUCUCAUAUCUUAUCUACUGGAGUAAUCGCUUUGCUGCUUGCCUUUCAUCUGCUGAUUUGCUCUCUCCCGCUAGGCCAAGGCCGCUGCUGAUGUGAUGGCAGACACUCGUCAUCCAACCUACAUUCCUUCACCUUUGCUACAUCAAUGUAGGAUCAUGCUCGAGCUUACUGGAGUAGCUCGUAUCGUACGAAUUAUUAUUGUGCCUCCUUUCCUUGGUUACUCACGUCACGUCACGUGUGUGCCUACCUCAAAGCCACUCCCAAAAGGGAAGGCAAACGGGAAGCCGUGCUGCUUUGCUUGUACCAAACCAAUCUCAUAUGCAAAUCGCAUUAUUUGCUUCCUCUCCCAGUCCCCUCCCUCCCCUGGUGAUUCAAUGGCUACCUUUUGCCAUUCAAUCAGUUUACUUUCUCAGGGGGUCCAACUUUACUUUGUUUCACGAGUUGCCUGCCGUUCAUGUGUCCCCGCCAUUUCAGACAGGCUCUUCCUUUCCAUAGUCUCCGUAGACAAUGGAAAAACAAUUGCAAAGUCCACUAAAGUAGCUUCUCGUAGUGGAAUAUGCCAGUGGCCCGACACCAUCUUGGAACCCAUAUGGUUCUCCAAGGACCAAGUCUCCAAAGAAUUUCAAGAGUGCCAGUACAGGAUUAUUGUUUCCCUGGGAUCGGCAAAAUCUGGCAUUCUUGGGGAGAUUCUUCUAAAUCUCUCUAAUUUUCUGAAUUUGGCCGAUCCAACCGCUAUCUCUUUGCCACUGAAGAGAUGCAACUCUGGAACAGUUUUGCAGCUUAAGGUUCAAUGUCUUGGCACAAAAUCUAAGCUGAGUGGUGUCAGAUCAUUGAGGGACAUGGCUCCUCGUCUUGAUGACCGUAGUCCAACGCCAACCAAUGACGAGCUGGACAACAGGUCAGAUUGCUCUGAUGGUAUGUUCAACAAGGGUGUUCAUUCUUCAUCUGAAAAUCAUCUGGGUGGAACUUAUCAAGAUGAAUCUGGAAACAUGGAAACAGGUUUCUCAGCAUCAGGGUCCCAUCGGAGUUCUAAUUCUGGAGAUAGUACUGCAGAUAGAACAAACUUCUCUCCUAGAGUCAACUCUAAUGGAGGGCUUUUUGUGGGAAGGCAGGAUUCUGCUAGUUCCUAUGCUAGUUAUGUUAGUGCCGGCGGUGGUGAUGAUGGGCUUAGAUCCAACAAUUCAUCUUUUAGUUCUCGGACUUCAGGCCCAAAUUUGCUGCAAGGGAGUACUCCAAAAACAUUUUCGAAUGACCUUUCUCAGUUAUCUAUGGGGGCGUCUGACUCAUCCAAAGAUUUUCUUGAAGCUGCUGAAGAAACAAUUGAGGAGCUCCGUGACGAGGCAAAAAUGUGGGAACGCCACUCUCGCAAGUUGAAGGCUGAUCUAGAGAUGCUGAAAAAGGAGUGUUCUGAAAAAUCAAAGCAACAUGCUGAACUAGCAGUUGAGCUGUCUGCUGCACAAGCUGAACGGGAUUCAUAUAGGCAUGAAAUAGAAGAAUUAAAGUCAUCCUUACAAGAUGUAAACACACGACAGACAAUUACAGGAACACCUAAACGUUCAGACUGGAUAGACCUGCAGAAGGAACUUGAAGGUGAGGUGAAGUUUCUUAAAGAAUCGAAUACAGACUUAACCAUACAACUAAACAGGACUCAAGAGUCAAAUAUAGAGCUUCUUUCUAUUCUUCAGGAACUGGAGGAAACCAUUGAAGAACAGAGAGUUGAAAUAUCUAAGAUUUCAAAGGUCAAGCAGACUGCUUAUCCUGAGAAUGGGCUGUUAGUAAAAAAAGACAGAGAGUGGGCUAAGAAACUGUCAAUGAAAGAGGAUGAAAUCACAAUUCCGAGGGAGAAAUCGGAUCGUGCUCUCAACAUUGGAAAUGCAGAUGGUGCAGCUUCCAAUGCCAUUUAUCUUGAUUUGGAGAAAGAAAAUGAAAUUUUAAGGGCUAAAAUACAAGAGCUUGAGAAGGACUGCUCUGAACUAACAGAUGAAAAUUUGGAGCUUAUAUAUAAGCUGAAAGAAAAUGGUCUGACAAAAGGUCAGGUUCCUCAUAUUGCAAACAACAAUGAGCUGCAAUUCAAAAAGCUUACAUCCCGGAUUCAUCAACUGGAGGAGGAUCUUAGGAAUAAGGAAAUGUUAAGAGAUGACAGUUUUUCUGAGUCAUCAAUGUCUAAUGCAGAUGAGAUACAGAGAAAAUGUGCUGACCUUGAGCUGAAGGUGCUAAAUUUUAGGUCUCAAACCUGUGAGCUAGAAGAAAAGUUCCGAAAAUGCCAAGAGGAGCUGGAACAAAGAAAUCUUGAGUUAUCUGCGCUGAGAAGAAAGAUAAAUGGUUUACAUUCUAAUGAACUGGAAGUUUGUGAAUCUGGUGCGACAUGGAAGUACCAAGCUAGAAUAGCAGAUCUAGAGGAUACUGAACCUGAGACAGAUACACUUAAGGCUAGGUUUGAACUGCAGCUACAGGAAAAUGAUGACCUUCGUCGUUCCAAGGUUGAGAUGCAGAAUUUUAUUUCUGAGUUUCAGGCAGAGAAGAGUCAGCUUGAGGAACGCCUGUCCGCGUCGCUUAAAGAAAGCAGCAUCACAUCUAAAUGUCUGGAUGAAGUGCGGAAAGAUAUCCUUGUGCUUUCCAGCAGUAUAGAUUCCCAUGUUUCAACCAAUAAACUUCUUGAGAGGAACUUAGUUGAGCUAGAGAGCUGCAAAGCUGAACUAGAGUUGCAUGUAUCGGAGCUGGAACAGGAAAACAUCGAGUUGUCAGAACGGAUAUCUGGACUUGAAACACAACUGACUUACGUGACAAAUGAAAAGGAGUCAAGCGAGCUGCAGUUGCAUGACUCCAGAUCUCUCAUCAUCAAUCUCAAAGAUAAAGUAGAGUGUCAGCAAUCAGAGAUGGAAACUCAAAGGCUCCAGUUUAAGCAGAAACAACAAGAAUCUCAAAGAAGAUUGUGCGAAGCACAAGAUGAUUCUGAAGUUCUGAGAAGAUCUAAUUGUAAACUACAAUCUACGGUUGAGAGUCUUAUUGAAGAGUGCAGUUCUCUUCAGAAUCUAAUUGCUGAUCUGAAAAGGCAGAAGUUGGAAUUACAUGGUCAUCUUACGCAAAAAGAGCAGGAAUUGGAUGAGUCGAAAAAAAAGAACUUUGAGUUUAGCAAAACAGUGGAGUUCCUUGAGGCAAAACUUUUGUCACUACAGAAGGACAUUUCUUCUAAAGAACAAUCUUUAUUGUCAGAAUUGGAGAAUAUUUUCCAGGAGCACAUGGAACAAGAAGAAAGAAUUAAUCGCGCACAUUUCAUGCUCAAUAAGAUCGAGAAAGAAAAGACUCUUGAAGUAGAGAAUCUUGAAAGGGAGGUCGUCAGCCUCGCUGCACAGGUCUCCUCCACACACGAGGAGCGAGAAAGUGCCACUCUGAAUGCUAUUCAAGAGGUAUCUGUCCUGCGAGCAGACAAUGCUAAACUUGAGGCUAAUCUCCAAGAUGUUAGUGAACAGCUGAGAUGUUACGAGUCUCAAUUGGAAGACCUUCGUAAGGAGUCUAAAAGUAAAAUUAAAGGAUUGGUUGAUUCCCUUAAUGCCUCCAAACAAAGCGAGGAAAUGUUGACAUCAGAUGCUGAACAUAUGAAAAAGUUGAUGGAAGCUGCUAAAUCCAAUGAAGAUGCACUAAGGAAGACUUCUAACGAACUAGAACUGAAGCUUAAAUCCAGUGAUUAUGUGAAACAACAAAUGCUGGAAGAAAUAUCUGGCCUGAAACUUCAGGUUCAGAAAAUAAUGAAUCUUCAAGAUGAGGUUUCCAAACUUCAGAGUUCUCUUGAUGAGGCCAAGUUCGAAAAAGGGAAACUUGAGGAGUUUGUGCGCUCGGUGACUGAGGAAUGUCAAGAACUAAAAGCACAGAAGGCUAUGCUAACAGAUAAAGUUUCUUAUAUGCAGGAGACCUUGAGAAAUGGUGAAGAAGAAAACCGAAACAGAAUAGCUAUGCAUGCAAAGCUCAUGAGGUUGGAGAGUGAUCUAACAGCAUUAGAAGCAUCACAUGUACAUGAAGCAGAAUUAAAGAACGAACUCAGUAGGAUCAAGAGAUCAAACAGUGAGUAUCAGAGGAAGAUACAAUCUCUCGGGCAGGAAAAUGAGGAUCUCACUAGGCGAGUUCAAAUUAUGGAAAAGGGUUUUGAGCGAAUGUCCCACGCUAAAGAGAACCUUGGAAAGCAGGAGAUUGGAGGAGAUAACCAGGAAGCCAUCCAGUCAACAAUUCAGUUACUGGAAAUUAAGCUUGCAGAGGCAUUGGAGGAAAAUAAGAUAUACAGAGCUCAACAGAAGAGUUCGAUGUCUGAGGGGCAACCUGCUGGUGGAGAUGGCAAGGAGGGCAAUACCGACAGGAUUUUGCAGUUGGAAGGAGAGCUGAGAGAUAUGAAGGAACGAUUACUCAACAUGAGCUUGCAGUACGCAGAGGUAGAGGCUCAGAGGGAACGGUUAGUGAUGGAGCUUAAAGCUAUCAAGAAAGGCAGGUGGUUUUAGCAGGAUGCGGAGUUGUUGCCUGACAUAAAACAUGAGGCUGACACCACAGGUGGGCAUCAUCAAGCCGUGCUAUGCUCCAGCACCAGUGAGACUAAGAGCAAGCAAGUGCAAGUGCAGAGUCAGACAGUGAUAUAGCCUGGACGUGCUAACUGGUGCUGGAGCAUGUGUCUCUCACUGAAGCUCCGUAUGAUGCGGUACCCAGCCCUUGUUUAACUGGACGUGCUAACUUGCGUUGUCCCCUAGAGUCAUGAUCCCGUUCUUAUUGGUAUUUAUUUUUAAUGGUAUAUAAUUAAUAUAUACACCAGUAUGUAUUGAGUUUGACUGGAGAGUGAUGGUCAGUUGUUGAUACCAUCCGAUCCCUCUGUUUUACAUGAUUGAUUACGUUGGAAAGAGUCAACCCAUUAAGGGCUAGUUUGAAAGCCACAAAACCGGAGGGGUUGGAGGGGCUAAAAUCCCCUCUUUAUUCAAUUUUAAAUAAAAAGUGGAUUUUAGCCCCUAUAAUCACCUCUGUUUUUUUGGACUCCCAAACUAGCCCUAAUAAUAGUCGAUAAAUGUAGUUACUCCGUCCUUUAUUUUGUUGUAGUUAAUAAUAUUGCUGUAGUUUGGGUGUAGAAUAAUUACAUAUAAUAAUGUGAUGGAGGGAGCCUCAUUUGUUCA